AAAAUGGCGUCCGAAGUAAACGUUUUGAAGAAGAAGAAAUACAGUAAAAAAUCUAAACGCAACUGGCGAAAACAAACAGAUAUCAAGGAUGUAGAAGAGUUUCUAGAGGAAGUUAGACGAGAUGAACGAACUGGGGGUCCAGCAGCGGAUAAAGCUGAUGGAAGCCUUUUCUUUGUGGAUACAAUAAAACUCAAAACGCCAGAUGAAGAUAAGUCAGUAACCAAGAGAUCUAGAAAGAGAAAGCUUCUCAAGCAAGAUGAACUUCUUCUUCCCGAUACUAGAAUAAAACCAGUUGGUAGCAAAAAACCCAAAGUCAACAAAAAGAAAACUAAAAAAGGAAAAGAUUUUGACAGCGAAUCAUCAGACGAAGAGAUACCAGCAGACAAGAAUAGAAAUCAAGUGAAGUCAAAAGAAAAGAAAGAACAGAAAGAAAGUAGGGGCUAUUUCGACCUGUGGUCUACAGAAGACAAGCUUCAAGGUGACGAACAUUACUUGAAGAUCACAAGGAAAACAAAAAUAAAGGCUCCCAAAACAGUCAAAAGAAAAGUGACAGAAUUGCCUGCUGUAGAAGUAGCUGCACCAGGAGCAUCGUAUAACCCAACAUUUGAAGAACACCAGGAACUUCUGCAAAAAGCACAUGAAGUUGAAGUAAAAAAGAAUAAGAGAAUAGAAAAACUCAACAGACAGCUCCAAUGGCUCAGUAAGGAGGAAGCCUCUGAUUUGCCAACCUGGGAAGAAGAGAUGGGUCAAGGUCUGUUUGAUGAGAUAAAGAAUGACGAUGAUAAAGCACAUGAUGAUGAUGAUGAUAAUGAUGAUGAUGGUGUCAUAACAAUUAAAUCAGCUCAAAGAAAAACAAGACAACAAAGAAGAAAAGAAAAGGAAGAAAUGAAACAGCAAUUGGAACAAGAAGCUGAAAAGAAGUUAAAACUCAAAGAGAAUGAGGUUUUCAGAAUUAAAUCACUGAAAAAGGAAAUUGAAGCGAAGGAAAAGGAAAUCAAGCAAAAGUUACAAAAGAAAGAAGAACUAAAGGAGGGAGAGCUAAAGAAACCCAAACGACUUGGACGUCAUGGAUUCGAAGAAGCAGCCGUAGAAAUCCAGCUAAGUGACGAAAUCACAGGCAACCUGCGGUCCAUAAAACCAGAGGGAAAUCUAUUUGCAGACAGAUUCAAAAGCCUACAGAAAAGAAAUUUGAUUGAGCCCCGUAAACCAGUUCUACCUCAUCGUAAGUAUGCUAAGAAGGAAUACGUGAAGAAAUCCUACGAUAAGCCGUGUGUCAAGGAAAUCGCUGCAGAAGGAAAGUGACCCCCUACGACAAGAUCACGACGAGACUCAAGGUGCAUAGGAAUGUAGAGUAUUUAUAAUUUUUUUACAAAGUUUAUUAUUUCAUUUUCCCAUCCUAUUAUUUCGGUACCGGGUAGUGAAAGAAAAUGAAAUCAAGUUCUGCCACAAGCCAAAGCACAUUGCAAUUCCAAAUAAUUAUUCAACAAGAGCAAAAACAUCCCAUGCAAAGCCCGGGGAAACUUUUAUUUGUAUUAUAGGGCAAAUGGUGUAUUGGCAGGAAAAAACCGCCAAAUAAGACUGCGUUGUGAUUGGAUGAAUCGCACGUGAGAAUUUGAAAAACCAUUUCAGUGCUACUGCAUAGUUAAUCUUGCAACUCGAGACCACGCAUUCUGGGGUCCAGUUCUGUUCUAAAAUGCAGUGGUGAAAACAGAACGAAAGUGACGAUUUGCUAAUUGAUGUAUAAAACUUGUUUUUAAACAUA